GAUUCAUCAACACCCCCUGCCAACCCCAGACCUCCUCUGUGCAAUUAUAUUUUCAGUCUGUUUUUCCAACUAGCCAAAUUUUCUUACUAGAAUAUUGUAAAGUUAGAGUUUUCUUUGCUUUGAAUCUAUGGCAACUUCCAUGAACUCAAGUGUGUUAGCUUGCAACUAUGCAAUCUCAAGCGCUGCAGUUGCAUCCUCAGAAGCGAAUUUGAAGCUUUCUUCAGUCGCUCCAAUCAGUUCAGGAUCUAAAAAGACCAUGAAAAUUUGCGCCAAAGCUAAUGUCACUGAGGGCCAAAGAGAUCAAGGGAAAAAGGCUGUACUUCUUGGUUUGGCUGCUGUCCUUUUAUCUACAACCAUCUCAACCACGUCUGCCAAUGCCGGGAUCAUCGAUGAGUACCUUGAGAGGAGUAAAGUUAACAAGGAACUGAAUGACAAGAAGAGAUUGGCCACCAGUGGAGCUAACUUCGCACGUGCAUACACUGUUGAGUUCGGAACCUGCAAAUUCCCAGAGAACUUCACCGGGUGCCAAGAUCUAGCCAAGCGAAAGAACGUACCAUUCCUCUCUGACGACUUGAAGGUGGAAUGUGAAGGCAAGGACAAAUUCAAAUGCGGUUCUAAUGUCUUCUGGAAAUGGUGAUAACAUAAAAUUCGCCAUUUUCUUCUCUCUUCAACAUGUAUCUAAUUAUCUAUACUUGAUUUUCCCAUAUGCUGAAGUUUAAUAUCAGAUGUUUUUCUCAGUAUGCCAUUCUGUUUCCAUUAAAUGCGACAUUGAAAGUCUGCAAAAUGUUCAGAUUCAAAAUUUCUG